AUGACAUUGUGGACAUUGAUUCUAUAGACCACCAUGAGUCUGUAUGCAGCAUUUGGGCCCAGUAAACAGGAAGAAGAGGACUAUGAAGAUGUGCCCAUAAAUAAGACCUGGGUCUUAUCACCGAAGGUCUAUGAGAGCGAUGUGACUUUGAUCCUAAAUAAACUACUGCAGGGCUACGACAACAAACUGCGGCCUGACAUCGGAGGCAAGCCGACAGUGAUUGAAACAGCCGUGUAUGUCAACAGCAUUGGACCAGUGGACCCCAUCAACAUGGAAUACACCAUUGACAUCUUCUUUGCCCAGACAUGGUAUGACAGCCGACUGAAGUUUAAUAGUUCGAUGAAGCUGCUCAUGCUCAACAGUAACAUGGUAGGCAAAAUCUGGAUUCCUGACACAUUCUUCAGGAAUUCUCGCAAAUCAGACGCCCACUGGAUCACCACUCCCAACCGCCUCCUGAGGCUGUGGAGCAAUGGGAGAGUCAUGUACACACUGAGGUUGACUAUUAAUGCGGAGUGUUACCUUAAGCUGCAUAACUUUCCAAUGGAUGAGCACUCGUGUCCACUGGAGUUUUCAAGCUAUGGUUAUCCCAAGAAUGAAAUCCUCUACCGGUGGCAGAGACGGGCAGUGGAGGUGGCAGACCAGCGGUACUGGAGGCUCUACCAGUUUGCCUUUGUAGGGUUGAGGAACACCUCUGAUGUGGCACACACCCAGUCCGGUGAAUAUGUUAUCAUGACAAUCUUUUUUGACCUGAGUCGGAGAAUGGGCUACUUCACCAUCCAGACAUACAUUCCCUGCAGUAUGAUCGUAGUCUUGUCCUGGGUCUCCUUUUGGAUCAACAAGGAUGCCGUCCCAGCCCGCACAUCUCUGGGUAUCACCACAGUGCUCACCAUGACCACUCUAAGCACCAUUUCCAGGAAGUCCCUGCCCAAGGUUUCCUAUGUUACUGCCAUGGACCUGUUUGUCUCUGUCUGCUUUAUCUUCACCUUUGCUGCCCUCAUGGAGUACGGUACUCUGCACUACUUCACCAGCAACAGACAGACCAAAAAUGCUAAAGCCAACAAUACCACACAGCAGAAAGCAUCCAGCAUGGUGAAUAUCCGACCUGGCACGUCCCUACUGCAGAUGAACACUAUUGUGCCCUAUCACGAGGAUAGUGACUAUGCUUUCGAGUGUUUGGAUGGAAAAGACUGCACCAGCUUCUUCUGCUGCUUUGAUGACUGCCGCUCAGGUGCCUGGCGUGAAAAUAGGAUGCACGUGCGGGUUUCCAAGAUUGAUUCUUACUCACGAAUAUUCUUCCCCACUGCUUUUGGCCUUUUCAAUCUGGUUUAUUGGAUAGGUUAUCUGUAUCUAUAA